AUGUGCAAAGGCCUGGAGCUGAGCGAGAGGACACACAUGUCACUGCGGCGGAAGCGCGAGAGAGGCAGCAGAGCGGGGGACGCCCCGUCCCUGGACACAGCCAUUCAGAAUGCCCUGGCAGGCCUCUAUCCUCCUUUUGAGGCCACAGCGCCCACUGUCCUGGGGCAGGUGUUUCAUCUCCUGGAUUCUGACUUCCAAGGGGAUGGGCUGAGCUUCCUCCUGGAUUUCCUGAUCCCUGCCAAGCGCCUGUGUGAGCAAGUACGCGAGGCAGCCUGUGCCCCCUACUCACACUGCCUCUUCCUGCAUCAGGGCUGGCCGCUGUGCCUGCGGGACAAGGUCGUGGUCCACCUGGCCGCCCUCAAUCCCCUCUUACUGCGCCAGGGUGAAUUCUACCUUCAAGUGGAGCCUCAGGAGGAGCAGUCCGUCUGCAUCAGGGUCAAGUGCCUCUCCUUGGACCUCCGCACAGUGGACACGAAGCCUGUUCCCGUGUCAUCCUACCCAAUACUUUUCACCCAAGAGUGGCUGGAGGCCUUCAACAGUGACUUUGAGGGAAGCCCCCUACACAACUGCCUGGUAGCUUCAGAAGAAGGGAUUACCCCUGUGCCUUGGACCAAGAUAACCAGCCCAGAGUUUGUGGAGGACAAACCCCAAGCAGUGACUGUUCUCUCCCCGGCCUGGGGGUCCCUUCAGUUAGAGGCACUUGAUUUGAGUGGUCAUCAAGAGCUGCACCAGGCCCGGUCCCCAGGAAGCCAGGCUCUUCUUGGCCAGAGCUUGGCCAAGGAAAAGGGCCAGACACGUGGGGCUAAGUAUCCGGGGCUCAUCAAGGUGGAACAAGCGAGGCCUGGGGAGGUGGCCUUCAGGAUGGACCAUGUGGCCAGCCAAGACUUGGAGGGAGAUUAUGUGUCUCUCCUGGACUUUUCCCAAGAGAGCAGAGGAGAGUCUCCGAAUAAGGAGGCAGACACAUCCUGUGGCUGUCCUAUUAGGACACUGGAGGAGCCAUCUGGACCUAAAGAAACCCCUUUCUCUCAAAGGAUGCUGCCUCUCUCAGGGGCCGGUGGGGGACCUUCCUUGGAAAAAUGUGUUUGUGCAAAGCCAGCAAGCCUGGAGGAGGAGCCCUGCGUUUUGGGCUUGCGGAGAAAGGUCAAUCAUACAGGCCCCUCCCGCAACUCAGAGGAGCAGCCCCAAGAGCCCUACCUCAACGUCCCUGAGAAGCCAUUGCAUUGUGCCUCUGGCCUCAGGACAGAUGUCUCAGAAGAGCCUGCUGCCUCCAAGGCACAGGAGUCUCUGGGAAAUGCAGAGAAUGUGGUCCAGCUCAGGCCUGGACCAAAGCAAACCUCCUCUCCCCGGCUGUGCCCGGCUUCUCUUCCUGCUGCUCCAGCCCUCGAAACCAAAAUGGGAGAGAAGACCAAACAGGGAAACUGGAGAUUCCCCAAGCCCGUGACUGGCCCUGGGCGAAGCACCUCCUCUUCCAGGUCCCCCACUCUUGGGCUCAAAUUCUCAUUCUUGAAGGGGCAGAAGCAAGUCCCUGUAUCCCCAGAGAAAGCCUCGCUCCAGCAUGACGGGCCCUGGAAGGUCUUGUGUUCACUCUACUCUUCCAAACCCAACCAAGCCAAGUGCUUGGGGAAAGCUGGAACAACUCAAACCAAAACAUCUGGCCCAGCUGCUGACUCAGGCCCACUCACUGAAGAACAGGCCGAUUUCCCAGAAGCUUCUACAGGUCCUCCAGAGAAAGGCUCCACUCUGAAUGAGGAGACCCCCGGGCCUGAGCCCAGGCUUGGGGCUCUGAGUAUGGAGAUCAUCCACUCCAGGAUCGCGUGCCUGCCAGGUGGCCGGGACAGGGAGGGGCGGCCCCUGCUUCUGGUGUCAACCAGCCAGGGGGCCUGGGAGACACCAUGGUGCACAGCCUCAGAGGUCACUAAGCUGCUUUGCUACCUGUACACUGUCCCCAGGCCAGAAGAUAAAACCAAGGGGCUGGCGGUUGUGAUCGAUGCCAGGAAGCAGCCUCCACACCCCGGUCUGGUCAGUGCCCUGAAGGCCACCCAGGCUCUGGACCCAGCCUCCAUGCACGCCAUACUCUUCCUGGGGGAAAAGGAGGCGGCUCUUCCGCUGGAGACAUUACCGGACAUGCAGGUAGAGGUGCUGACCUCCUUAAAGGCCCUCAGCCACCACGUGGACCCCAGCCAGCUUCCUGCAGCCCUGGAAGGCUCCUUCCCCUACUGCCACAGCGAGUGGGUGCAAUUCUUCCAGAAGUCGGACCCUUUCCUUGCUGACCUCCGCCAGGCCUCCUCCCUGCUGCAGGCGUCCAUCCAGGAGUUUGAGAAGGGUGACCCCCCUGGAGGGGCACAGGAGGCCUCCAGGUGUCUGAACAAGUCCAAGGAGCUGAUGGAGGCCGUGCUGAGGGACCCAGGUCUGCUGGGCCUCCAGCGAGAAGGUGGAGCCACCCUGGCCAGGCUGCAGCAGGAGGCCAGCAGGAUGGACUUCAACCCGGAUGUCAGGAGCCAUCUGGCUGAAGCCGCUGCCCUCUAUAGCCUCCUGGAUGAGCAGCUCCAUGUCCUGGUCACCGCAUCUAAUCACCUCCUGGGGAGGCUGGAGCUCCGCAUCCGCCUGGGCCGCCUGGAAGCUGCCAUCCGCCAGGUCAGCAACUGGAUGGAGCAGGAAGGAAGCCGGAGCCUGCAAGCGCUGACGCCCAAGGAUGGAAGCUUGGAGACAGUGGAGAAGACCCACGUCGAAUUUGAGGACUUCUUCCAGCAGGCUGCAGCCCAGUACCGGCGAGGCCUGGAGCUCUCCAAGCAGGCGGCCCAGCUGGAAGCUGCAGCUGGAGGGACCAGCGAAGCAGGGGGAACAGAGUUUCCCGAGCUGGCGGCCUUUGCCUCCACGCAGCGGACCUUCCAGGCUAAGCUGACCCACUUCUACAUGGCUGCCGAGCGGCAGCGCACAGACCUGGAGACGCUGCUCCAGCUGUACCGCUUCUGCAAGAAGAUGACCUGGUUCCACAUGGACUGUCAGGACCUGAUGACCCAGCUCAAGCUGGGCAAGGCCCAAAAGGCCAGCCCUGGGGACCAGCGCCGCCUCCACCGCUACCUGCAGCGACUGUUGUCCGAGUUCCCUGCCGAGAAGCUCACAGCCAUGGGCCUGCAGGCGGCCUCCCUGAGCCGCGAAGGCCUGGGCUGGGACCUGUGGGAGGAGGCCCGCGCGCGACACGGGGAGAUCCAGGCCCUCCUGAAGACGGCACUGGCCCGCUGCCCGUGCCCACUGGGUGCCGCUGCCCACCUGGCACAGCUGGAACUACGGGGGACAGCCGCCAAGGGCCAGGAUGUGAACGGAAAAGUCACUUCCAAGGGAAGGCAGGACCUGCCCUUGCAGGACCCCCUGGGCCUGGGCCAUGCACCAAAGUCCCGUUGGCCCCCUCAAGCCCCCCGUGAGGGGCAGCACAGAAAUCUCCAGGCAGGCCCUCUGCCCCAGGACGCUGGCCAGGCCCUAGGGGCUGAUGAAGGCAAGGGUCCCCACGAGCCCCUGGACCCUGUCCCUGAGCGUUUUCUCGCCCCCCUCUUCUGGCAGCGGUUUCCCAGGCAAAGUCGGAUGCCCCGCCCCAUCGGGGGAAGCUCCUCCUCCGAGGGGACAGACUCUCAGACGUCUCUGGAGGACUCGCCCCAGACAAGCCCCCCUGCCUCCCUCUAGCUGGGCACCCCCACCACUGCACCAGGCUCCAGGCAUGCUGGGCUGGAGCACAGGGACUGAGCCCACCAGGACGUGGCUCCUGAGCCCUCUGUGUGCAUGGUCUGCGCUAGCGGGACAAGAAGCAC